AUGAUACCUAUAGCAGCUGAUUGCCCAGUCACUGUGAUAACCAUACAGCAAAGGUUGCCUAGCCGAGGUUUCCAUCUAAAUGUCAAACGGGCAGAGUCGAUACACCUCCACUUGUUGCACCGUGACCGGGUCACUGCGGGGGCGCGGGGUGCGAGCGGCGCGGGAGACCAACCCCCAGCAUCGGUCAACGACCCACUGGACGCACCCUGUCGCAUCCAACCUAUUUUAAGAACAGAUCUCUAUGGAACGCGAUCUAGUACACAUCUCGAACGUCGUGAUAACGUGGUAUUCAAAACAACCUCAAGCCUGAAUAGAAAAUUAAGCUUGGGCGGCCUAAAUGCUGGGUUGCAUAAUAGAGGCUGGCGUUUGGUGACGUCAGGGGGCUGGAGAGGCGCGCCGCGGGCGCGGCAGCAGGCGCCCAUUCAUGGGCCUCCACUCACACACACAUACACCACCCUCACACACGGCCACGAGGUCAUACCGUUGUGAUUUUCGUUAUGACGUCACCCGCUCCCGACCAAUCACAGCGCAGAUCCAUUCAAGCCUAACUCCUGAAGGGAAUUUUGUGCGGGAUGAAAGCAGCAGUCGACGGACGAUCGCCGCGAUGGCGGUAGCCGUGCACCUCGUAGCUCCCCGCGGUCUUGUAUCGGGAUACAAAAAUUUAUGUUUGAUAAAAGUUUGUUAAAGUUUCUAAGUUUUUUGUAAUAGAAAGACUUUCUAAAUAAUGAUAAAAUUGGCAUGAUUUUCGAUAAGGAUCGCCUGUCUUCAAUACUUUGGAAUAGGUAAGUAAUUAAAAAUACAGGAACUUGCAGUAUUAAACAAGGGAAGUUCUAAGUUAUUCGUAGCUUACCAUAGUGAGCACGUGUAUUAGGUCUACGAGCGCUACGCUACGAUGCUACGCCGCCUACGCGCUGUCUGGCUCGUAGCUCCGUAGACUCGCCCACGCUUUGAAACUUCCCUACAGACGAAACGUGCC